UUUUUUUUUCUCUCUUUCUUUUUUUUUUCCUUGUCAUUUAUCAUAAUACCCUAUUUCUUUUCUUUAAGGGCUCUUUAUCUCAUUAUUUAUUAAUGACAAUGGCACAAAAAGCAACAAGUCAUGACAACACACAACAGAAACAGCCACAACGACAAGGAGGCGGUCUGCCUGUUUCUAUUCAUCCCGACGAUGCCAAAGACAAAGUCUUCACUGCCAUUUUAAAAGCCUUGUUGAAAAUGGGAAAUAAGCCCAGUUCACCCAAAGAACUAGCCAAUAUCAUUGUCAAACACAAAUACGCGACACUAGGUGGCGCUACACCUUUUGCUACUGUUUCUUCACGUAUUUCUCAACAUUUCAAAAGAGCGGCUGAACAUAAUCCACCGAGAGCACCUUUAUUAGCUAAACACGUAGAUCAGAAUCACUCUCGAAAGAUAAACUAUUCUUUAGCAACCGAAUCUGUCUCUAAGACAAACAAUGAUACAACUGCACAAGAGGAAGAAGACGAACGACCCAAUCCUUUGCGUACCAAUAGUAAAACACGACGUAUUCCUCCCAAGAUAAAACGUUCUUUACGAUCAUUGAAAGCAAGCGAUGAUGAGCGCGAAGAAGAAGGCGAUGAUGAUAGUGAAGAAGAACAUCAACAAAAACGACAUAAAACAAACAUCUAUACAUCACACGAAUCAAUCACUUCACCGCCACAUUUGAUGAAAAAUAACGACGAUGAUGAAGAUGAAAGUGAAGGAGAGCAUUCAGAUUAUCAUGAAGAGAUGCUUAAAGGAACUGAGGAUGAUAUUGAAUUACAUCCUUCUACUGCAAGACGUCUAUCUCGAAGACAGUCUACUUCACUACCAAAAUCACAGCAUAUCAUAGACAUUAAGAAGCCAUCAUCAUCAUCAUCGCCAUCAUCAUCACCCAAAAGUACUACUCAUUCUAAUACACCCACUAUCCAAUUGCCUGAAGAAACCCAUACACCUUCUCCUCCUCCUCCUCCGUCUUCUUCUUCACCCUCUAAAACAACGUCUUCUAAACUCGCUGUGCCUCAAGAAAAUCCUGGUCUACAACCUAGAAAACCUUCGUUUUCAUUCAGCAGUGGAUUUACAGGUGACCAAGAACUUUGGACACCUUUCAGUUUCGAACACGACUUUGAUAAUGUGUUUGUACAUGACUCUUCAACAGCUCAUGACAUUCCAUUCAACAUUGCUACACCUGAAUCUGUCUCUGUGUCUGAGCUAGAUGAUUAUUUUGCAAGCACCGGUACAAGUUCAAAUCGCCCUCAACGCAAAAGUUUCUCUUCUACCAUGUUGGGCCCAAAUGACAAAUCUUUGUUACAAAAAGUCUUGUUGGCAAGUGCAGCAAGAGGUGUUGCUGAUAAAAUAGAAGAAGAACCAGAGCCUGAAACCGAGCCUAAAACAGAGAAAAACCAGGAAAUCAAAGCAGAACCUGCUCCUACUCCUCCCUCUCAGGAGAAAAAGAAAGAAACAUCUUCUCAACAAGUAUCUACGCUGAUGGAUGUAGAAAACAGUGAAGAUUUUGUAAAGUUUGAAGAAGACGAAAAGAAGGAAACUUUACCCCUCCUUGUGUCACAACAAACAACAACAUCACCUCCAACUCCACCACCUCCACCGCAGCAGCAGCAACAACAGCAACCUGUGGCACCUAAAAAAGUAGCUGAUAUUUUACCUGCUACACCUACCACACUAACUGCAGCUGAAAUCUUAAAAUCCAUGAACAUUCAAAACCUUAAUUUGUCUGCAUUACAACAAAUGACAUCCAAUAUUCCCAGUUUACAGCAUUUGUCACCUACGUUUGAUUUGGCCAAGACGAUGGCAGCUUAUAUGCAAUCCUUAGCCAAAUCAGCCAACACAAACAAUGCAUCGAAUUCAUCCAAUCAUAGUGCAGAUCUAAAGUCUAUUUUGACUCGAUUUCCUGCUCUUGAAGCUUUUAUUAAAAAGGACCCAUCAUCAUCAUCAUCACCACCUAAACCACCACAAGCACCUCCUCCUCCAUCAAUUAAUACAGCCCUCACAGGCACAGCAACACCACCUCUAUUAUCGCCUACAACGACUGAAUUCCCCAACCCCCAUAGUCCUUCUCUGACUGCAGGCAGUACGGAGCCCAUCGUGCACACACUGACGACCAUGAACCCACCCAUGUACAUCACACUGAUUGACCAUAUUGCUGUCUGUGUGGCCGUGUUGUCCAAGACAGAACAUACACCUGAAUACCGUAUCAUGCGUCGUGUCGAUACAGGCUUCAUUAACGGUACUGUCUUGUUAACAGCAGGCGGUAUUGAGACCGAAAGUGAACGCAGCAUGAUCCUCAGUUUUGAAAUGGAACGUAUUCGCAUGCCUAAAAAGAAAAGUGCUUUGUUUGGUACCUGGAUUCCUUUACGCCGUGCACAAGAAUUAGCCGUGACAUGUUCGAUUCAGCAUAAAUUAGGUCAUUUUCUUGAAGACUCGAUUGAACAAUUCUUUCCUUCGCCUUUGCCUAUCCAGAUCACACCUCGGAAACCGACAAGGGACAGUCGGCUUACUGCUUUGGCUUUGGCUGCUUUACGAUCCACUUCAGAUACAAAGAAUGGGUUUGUAGUACCUCCUAUCUCUCGUCAAGCAUCUUCAAGUGGCAGCAUGGCAGCAGCAACUCAGUUACAGGAGUUGCUUCUUACACAUCCUCAUAAAGCACUUAAAUCGAAUGGAUUGAUCAAUACGCCUAGAGAACCUUUGUUGGGCAGAUAUGAAGUACACGAUAAAGACGAUAAAGUGACCAGUCCCAAACAGACAGCCCAUGAAGAAAAAGAAGAGAGCGAAGUGGACAUUGUCAACACAAGCGAUUCCUCUGUUGCUUCCUCCAAUGAUGAAGAAAGUGAUGCUGAAUCAACAGCCGAUGAUAAUAAGAAAAAGAAGACACCAUCAAAGACAGCCAUUGAUUUACAGGAAAUCCUUAGUCGAGUGACGAAUAAGCAACCGUUGCACAUACACCCUCGCGAUUUACAAAAGAAGCGAAGACGAAGUUCAUUGACAGACACAAAAUCAGAAAAAGAAGAAAUAUCUGAACCUGUGCCUAAAUCAAGCAAGUCUUCUCAUGUAGCGGCACGUAAAAAGCCUACGCCUAGCAUAAAAUCAAAAUCAUCACAAACGAAGAAACAGACUCCAGCUAAACAGGCAACUGGUAAAAAGAAGAAAGAGGAAGAAGAGGAAGAUGAAGACGAAGAAGAAGAAAUGAAUCAUGUCGUUGUAGAACAUAAACCUCCUGUAAAUCAAAAAUCAACACCUCAUCAAACAUCAAGCACAAAGCAAGAGCAAGAGCAAGAGCAAGAACAAGAACAAGAACAAGAUGAUGAGGAUGAGGAUGAAGAUAUUGAUAUUGGUGGUAGUGAUUUUGAUGAUGAUCUUCGAUAA